AUGUGUUCAAUCUAUUUAUUAUGCGGCACAAUUAGUGAUGGAUUAAAUCUUCUUCCUAGUCUCUUACCAAAUCAUCUUGCUCUCUUUGAUUAUACCACAUCAUUUGUGGGAACAUCAUCUUCGAUGUGUAAAUUGAUCGGUUUUGCUUGUUCAUGUGAUUUAGCAUCCCAAUGGUGUAAAAUCAAUAGCUUAAAAACUGUUCCUUCGAUGGUUAAAUCAGCAAUACUCUACAAUCCACUUAUCGGUAUUCAAAUGUCACUUCUCUCACUUUUUGUGCUACUCAUAUUUGGAAAUGCUACGCGUAGUCGAAAUCGAGGGAAUGACGCGCUGCCUAGUCGAAUGAAUCGUCAAUUUAUUCGUGCAGGUCUUAGUUACGAAUUUUAUCAAUUCAGUAGAUAA